AUGGACGCCGACGGUUCGGUGUCGGACGAGUCCGGGAGGAGGCGGAGGGUGCACGGCAUGCUGAAGCUGUACUACGGGCUAAACGAGGAGGGCAAGGCCCCGGAGCUGCAGUCCCUGGAUCCCUGCGACAUCAACGGGCCGCAUUUUGACCCGGAACUGUACCUCAACAAGCUGAGAAGAGAGUGCUCCCUUUCUGAGCUGAUGGACCAUGAGACCUGCAUGGUGAAGCAGAUCCGCUCUCUGGACAGUGACAUGCAGACCCUGGUCUAUGAAAACUAUAACAAGUUCAUAUCUGCUACAGACACCAUCAGAAAAAUGAAGAACGAUUUCAAAAAGAUGGAGGACGAAAUGGAUUGCCUGUCUGCGAACAUGGCUGCUAUCACUGACUUCAGCGCUUCCAUCAGCAGCACGCUUCAGGACCAGCACGCACAGAUAACCAAACUAUCUGGGGUUCACACGCUACUGAGGAAACUUCAGUUUCUGUUUGAGUUGCCUGCUAGACUGAAUAAGUGUCUGGAGCUGCAGGCCUACGCUCAGGCAGUGAGCUCCCACCGGCGUGCUCGCUGCGUGUUGCAGCAGUACAGCCACCUGCCUUCCUUCAAGGGGAUUCAGGACGACUGCAACGCCAUCAUGGAGAAGCUGGCUCAGGAGCUUCGGCAGAAGUUCAGAGAUGGUGGGACGAGCGCCAAAGACCUGUCGGAGUGUGUGGAGCUAAUGCUGCAGCUGGAUGAGCCAGCAGAGGAGCUCUGUGAUAAAUUCCUGAGCCAUGCACGCUCUCGACUGGAGCUGGACCUUCAGGGGUUGGAAGCAGAGAUCAAACCGUACCCGCCACCUCCAGCUCCGAAAGAGGCUGCAACACGCAGGUCAUCGUCUUCUACAGCCGCAGGAUCUCCGAGCGAUAAUUCCCCUAAGACGCUCUCUCUGCCUUCUCCCACCCCAAACACCGACAUUCUCGAAUUCAUAGACAGAGGCUGCAAUGAAUUUGUCAGCAGCUUAUGUCUGGUUAUUACUUCCUAUCAAGAACUGUUCAUCAACCAUGCUCAGACAGGCGAGCUGGCUUCGAAGAAUAUUCCUCAGAUGGCAAACGGCAAGCUGCAGGCCUUCGUGGAUGACCUGGCGGCUCGGUAUUUCUCGCUUGUCGAGAGGAGGAUACAAGAAGAGAAAGGCGUCGGCGAUAAUUCCCUCCUGGUCCGCGCUCUAGACCGCUUCCACCGCAGACUGCAGGCCGUGGCCAAACUGCUGCCUGGCUCCGCCGUUCCAAACCGGGGGACGGAAAUCGUGAUAAGAGCGGCAACGGAGCGCGUGAAGCAGUAUCUCUCUGCUCUGCAGAGCUUCUACAUGGACAGCCUGACAGAUGUGAGACAGGCCCUAGCAACGCCUCGACUUUCCGUGGCUGGAGCCGGAGCGCAUCUAGGAGGGCCUGCAGCUGGCCGGGAUGCUCCCAGCAGUCUUCCAGAGCUUCUCUCAUCUCUGUCAGCUUCUAUUCUCAACCAAAUCAAGUCGGUGUUGGCGUCAGUCCAUCUCUUCACCUCCAAGGACAUUACUUUCUCCAACAAGCCUUACUUCAAGGGGGAGUUCUGUAGCCAGGGAGUCCGUGAGAACCUGGUGGUGAACUUCAUCAGGUUUGUGUGCCAGUCUUCUCGACAGUUUUGUGAAAGCGCCGGAGACAAAGGAGGAUCCACGCCCCCGGCUCUCCUGCUGCUGCUGUCUCGCCUCUGCUUGGACUUUGAGACGUCCACCAUCUCCUACAUACUCACGCUCACAGAUGAACAGUUUCUCGUCCAGCACCAAAAUCCCAUAACACCAGUCACAGCAUUAUGUGGAGAAGCAAGAGAAGCGGCACAAAAGCUCCUCAACCAUUAUGUCAAGGUUCAGGGGCUGAUCAUCUCCCAGAUGUUAAGAAAGAGUGUUGAAACUCGAGACUGGGUCAACACCAUCGAGCCUAGAAACGUCCGAGCUGUGAUGAAGAGAGUAGUGGAGGACACCACCUCCAUCGACGUGCAGGUGGGUCUGUUGUAUGAAGAAGGUGUGAGGAAGGCCCACAGCAGUGACUCGAGCAAAAGGACCUUUUCCGUCUACAGCAGCUCCAGGCAGCAACCCCGUUAUGCAGCCAGCUACACACCGAGCGCUCCCAUGGAUACCAAUCUGCUGAGCAACAUCCACAAGCUGUUUUCUGAAAGGAUCGACAUCUUUAGCUCAGUGGAGUUCAACAAGGUCUCUGUGAUGACGGGAAUCAUCAAAAUCAGCCUGAAGACGUUCCUGGAGUGUGUCCGCCUGCGCACUUUUGGGCGCUACGGCCUGCAGCAGAUCCAAGUCGACUGCCACUACCUGCAGAUGUACCUGUGGCGCUUCGUAUCGGACGAGAACCUUGUUCACUUCCUGUUGGAUGAGAUAGUGGGAAGCGCCGCCCACCGCUGCCUGGACCCCUCACCGAUGGAGCAGAGUGUUAUUGAAGUGAUCUGUGAGAGAGGUUGAGUUGUACCUCUGUUACGUUGUUCGGGGAUCGUUUAGCCACUAUUGGCAUUAGUUCGGUGAAUACUGUAAACAUAUUGUAGGAAAAUAAUUAUCCGAAUCUCUUGUUGAUUACUACUACCACAGUUCUUGGCUGGUAUAUUUCCAAGAUUUACCAAUCAUGAUGUUGUCUGUUGAGUUUACUUACAGUUUCUACUGGUAAUCAUUUACUAUAAAAUAAUAAUUAAACAAAAAACUUGGAUUCAGUGUGAAAACAGGGGAUCUCUAGCACUCCGACCUUGAAGAUAAUAUGACUGUGAAUAGAAAACACUGACGACUAAAGAGCAAAGCUGUGUCCAGUGAAAGCUGCUCCAUUGAUAAAUCUCUUCAGGCUAUUUGCGGACUUUUUUGUUUUCAUUCAUUAACUGUAAACUGCAGUACAUCUGUGUUUCAUGUCUGUUUUCUGUACAUGUCUGAAUAGUGAAUACACUAACUUGAAUGUGUGUCCAGAAUAAACAUGUAUGGGUUUAAAAGAA